AGUUAAAGCUUGUCCGUUGUUGUGUCUGGAUCAAGAACCAUAUUAUAAAAAACAAAAUGAUGAAAAUAAUAUUUUUUGUGAUUAUUUUGAUGGGAUUAAAAUUGUCUGAAGGAGUUAUUGUCAAAAGUCCAAUUGUGUUCUAUGACUUGAAGACGAAAGAACCACUCGAAGCACCAAUCACCACCAUCCUACCUGGUUCCGAAAACGACUCAUUCAACAUGUCGAGUGUUAUUAACAUUCGAUUGCCUUUUAUUGGACAACCAUGUGGAUGUAUUUCAUUUAACUGCGGCUGUUGUGCCGGAAUGAUGAUGGAACAGUUUAAUAUCGAUCAAAAAAUGUGCAUGAACUUCACUUACGAUCCGAUGGAAUUCGCGAUAAUUAUGGAUAUGAACAUGAAUGAAAACAACAUUUACACAAAUAUGGUGUCGGGGAAAAACCCCCCGCCAUUAUGCAUUCCUGUACCAACUGGUCCAUUGCCUUUAGGAAUGGAAAUGUGCAUUAAAGUUUUUAAUAUAUUCAUGCCUGGCAAUAAUCUUCACAUGUGCAUGGAUGUUAUGGCGAAAUUUCAAAUGACUCCAAUUUUGAUUCUUCAUUUUGAUUGUAUGAGAUUUGGACAAGAUCAAAUUGCAAUUUUAAAACCAGAAGACAACGGAGGCUUGAUGACUGAAGAAACUGAGUCUGAGUCUGAUGGAGUAGGUGAGAUGAAAGAUGAUCAAAUGAUGGUUGAAGACAAUAAAACAAGAAAUUCUAUUAAAAAUCUGAAUAAUGAAUAAUUAAAUUCUAUAACUUAGGAGGUUUUCAUAAGUUUUGUCUAUUAGAAUUUCUUGUAAUUCCGACUUCAUAACUUAUGAAAGGUAAGAUUAGAUUAGAUUAGCGUGGAUUAGAUUUACUCGGAUUAGAUUAAACAUUCAUCUGGAUUAACUUUAAACAUUCUUAUAAGAAUUUAAAAUUUCUGUCAAGACGUAAUUUUUGAUCGUUUUCUUAACGAUCAUCCUAACAUAAUAAUAAAAAUUUAAAUCUC